GUGUGUGUGUUUGCAAAGACAGAAGGAGAAGAAGAAGAAGGGGGGAUGGAAGCAGCCGCACGCGCCAGUGAUAUUUUCUCCUCCUGGAUUGUGCCCACUUCCUUUACAUGGCUUUGUGCAGCGUGGAGCCGGGAGAAGGCACCGGUGCACAGCCCGGCUCUCGGCCACGGAGUUGAGGAUGAUUCAGCCCCAACAAAGAGCCUUUGAGAUGGCAGUGGGUGCUUCUGCCUGGAGGGAGGAACGCAUCAGGCUUUCCCAGGCAAGCGGCAGCCUGCAGUGUGUGCUUGCUUGAGAGCCAACCCUCCUCAUCCCCGUGUGUAUGGGAGUGUGUGUGGAUGUGCGUAAGUGCUGUGUACGAGUGAGCGCAAGAGUGUAUGCGCUGGCUUCCGAUCCCUCCUGGAGGAGAGAGGCGCUCUUCUUCUGUGGACACCAAGACAACCCCUGAGUCGGACGCCCUGCCUCCCUUGUGGACCUGAAGAUGUUUCGGAAGAAGAAAAAGAAGAGGCCUGAGAUAUCGGCGCCGAAGAACUUCGAGCACCGCGUCCACACCUCCUUCGACGCCAAGCGAGGCUGCUUCAUCGGCCUCCCCACGCAAUGGCAGAGUCUGAUCGAGAACCUGCGGAGGCCACGGCCCAUGGUCGACCCCUCGCGGAUCACGGAGGUGGAACUCAGGCCGAAAAAGACGAUCGUGCGAGGAAGCAUGAUCGGCCACGGAGACUACAUCGCAGCCAUGAUCAACGACAUGAGCCGCCUGUCCGUCACCAGCUCCAACUCCCUGAGGAAGAGCAGCCCCUCGGCGCGGAAGCGAGCCCGGUCUCUCGGCAGGCUGGGGGAGGUGAGCGAGGGCGACGUCUACCAGUACGAAGGCCUGAUUCAGGACGAGGAAGACGAGGAGGAGGAGGCUCAGGACGAAGCGUGGAAGGAGAGAGCGCGGAACAUUCACAGCGAGAGCAACACUCCCUACUUGGGCGUGAAGAGGAGCUCCAACCUGCAACCCAACGGGAUCCUGCCGAAAGCCAAGUCCACAUAUGAAGUCAGCACUGUGGAGGGCCCCGCUCCGGCUCCGCCGCCCAACAUUCAGGGGUCUCGUGUGAGCGAAGAGGUGGGGAGCCCACAGGAGAGACUGAUAUGGAAGCGAGACAUGCAGCCUCCCUGGGGAGGGACACCGAGUCAGAGACCAGUAGCUUGUUUCUAUAAUCCUGCUAUGACUGUUCAACAGCAUCCUGGAGACCAAGGGCCAGUCGGGGCGGAGCUGCGACCCAAUCCUCCCAUGUACAUGCAUCCACAGAACAGCCCGGGGAGGCCCUUCUCCUCAUACGACCUCAAAGCAGAGUCGGCGGGGAGGUACCACUCGGGCUUCCUGCCCACAGGAACCAGCAGCCCCCUCGUGAGCGGCGGCGUCAGACCCCAGCGGACGGUGCGCUCCUCCGCUAGUUACACUCUGGGGCUGUCUCCCAAUAUAGGACUGAGGCCCAACGGGCCGGACCCUUUCCUCAGGCACUCUGGAGGCCACAAUCCUCCCCACCCCAGGCAAGACAGCCCGUCCCAACCCAGACCCUCACCCACCGGCUCGCUAGCCACCAGUCCUCAAGGAACCUGCUCCCCUGCCUUCAGGCCUCCGCACCCCUCCCCUAGGCCGCCUCCCGACCCCCCGAAGGUGACCCACGAGCAGUUCAAGGCGGCGCUGCAGAUGGUGGUGGACAAGGGCGACCCGCGCUCCUACCUGGAGAACUUUGUGAAGAUCGGCGAGGGCUCCACGGGGGUGGUGUGCAUCGCCACGGAGAAGCACAGCGGCCGGCAGGUGGCGGUGAAGAUGAUGGACCUGCGCCGGCAGCAGAGGCGGGAGCUGCUUUUCAAUGAGGUGGUCAUCAUGAGAGACUACCAGCACAGAAAUGUGGUGGAGAUGUACAAGUCUGCUCUGGUGGAGGAAGAGCUGUGGGUCAUCAUGGAGUACCUGCAGGGCGGCGCCCUCACCAACAUCGUCUCUGAAACCAGGCUGAGCGAGGAGCAGAUCGCUACGGUGUGCGAGGCCGUCCUGCAGGCGCUGGCCUACCUCCACUCGCAGGGGGUGAUUCACAGGGACAUAAAGAGCGACUCCAUCCUGCUCACUUUAGACGGACGGGUCAAGCUUUCCGACUUUGGCUUCUGCGCUCAGAUCAGUAAGGACAUCCCGAAGAGGAAGUCUCUGGUGGGGACUCCCUACUGGAUGGCGCCGGAGGUCAUCUCCAAAUCACCAUACGGCACAGAGGUGGACGUGUGGUCGAUGGGCAUCAUGGUGGUGGAGAUGGUGGACGGAGAGCCGCCGUAUUUCAGUGAAACUCCUGUGGCAGCUAUGAAGAGACUGAGGGACGAGCCAGCGCCGACUGUUCGGAACACGAGUCAGAUCUCGCCGGUUCUGAAGGACUUCCUGGACCGCAUGCUGACCCGGGAGCCGCUGGAGCGGGCGAGCGCCACCGACCUGCUGGAGCACCCCUUCCUGCUGCAGAGCGGCUCGCCUCAGUGCCUGGUCCCUCUGGUGGAGCAGUACCGGAAGCGCAUGUCCCGCUGCUGACCCUGUGGGUGUCCAGGACUUGGCGAGGACCCCGCCCGGCCACUGGGCGACCCGCUUCAGAGAAGCAGACCUGGUGAAGAGAGGGGCGUUUAGGGCCGCAUGGCAUGACAGAAGCACUUUAGGAGUGAGUCACCGGCAGCAUCCCUGAGCGCCUCGCAGGUUCAUUCCUGGCCACCGUACCUCAGAAGCUCAAGGGGGCGCUGGGUUCACAUUACCAACAUGCUAUGGUGCUUUUAAAAUGGCUCCCAACGGAAACAAACACUCAUUCCUCUCAGACUCCCGGGGCGAGGGGGUCACCCCGGACACGGCGAGACCACCAGUCAUCCUGUUUGGUGAUGUGAGCGUGGCACGUUUGCAUGGGGACGCGCACGUGGCCUGGCUUGCCUGAACCAAACUGGGAUGUGAGAGACACAUUAGCAUUAGCAUUACAAACGGGUGGAUGAAAGCCCAGCUGCUACAGUCGGACCACUGGAGAAUCACCAUCUUUCUUUCUUCUUAUUUACCAACGGUGUCGUGGGUUCCAUUUCUAAUGACGUGAAUUUAAUAAGCUUUCACCGGCGUAAUAACUGAAUAAUGUACAUAACUAUUUGGGUCUUGCGUGGACCCUCUACUGAAAUGUGAGUGUAUAUCGCUGUGUGCAUGUGUGAGUGCGAGCGCACGGCUGCGCCUGUGACGCUGUGAUCUCAGUGUUUGACUCCUGAAAUGACUCUCUUUAUACGACCGUGUGCGUGAUGACGUGACUGAAUCUGUUUGCCCAGAGAAGCACACAGGCCUGGCAUGUGAUGCUGCGGGCGCCGACCUGCUGACCAACACUUUGCACAUGGGAUUCUGAGGCGGAUACAUGUGGACAUGUUGUUACAUGUAUUUCUAUCGCUGUGUGGAUUCGUUGAGAAAAAUAAAGAAAGAGAAUUAAA